UCCUCUCUCCCUCCGUACUGGACUCCGGUGCAUUUCCGGCCCGGGGGAAUUUGGCUUCGACCCGGCCGGGGCGCGCGGGUGGCUGCGGCCGGCGGCCCGCGGGGUGGGCGUGCGCCGAGGUCUCCGUGCGCCCGGGGCCGAGCGGACGCCAUGGCCGACGUGAGUGUGGAUCAGUCCAAGCUGCCGGGCGUGAAGGAAGUGUGUCGAGAUUUUGCUGUCCUGGAGGACCACACCCUGGCUCAUAGCCUGCAGGAACAAGAGAUUGAGCAUCACUUGGCAUCAAACAUUCAGCGGAACCGUCUGGUCCAGCAUGACCUGCAGGUGGCUAAGCAGCUCCAAGAGGAAGACCUGAAAGCCCAGGCCCAGCUCCAGAAGCGCUACAGAGACCUUGAACAGCAUGAUUGUGAAAUUGCCCAGGAAAUUCAGGAGAAGCUGACUAUUGAGGCUGAGAGACGACGCCUUCAGGAGAAGAAGGAUGAGGACAUAGCACGUCUUUUACAAGAGAAGGAGCUACGAGAAGAGAAAAAGAGGAAGAAGUAUGUUCCAGAGCCUUCUGGGGGCAGUGCUUUUGGAGAUGGCUGCUAUUAUGAUGAUGGAGACCAGCCAAGGUCAAGGAGGGCCAGGGAAUUGGGUUCUGGAUACUCAAGGUUUUCUAGACUCCAAAAUGAUGGGAAGACUAUAAAGCAGAAGAAGGAGAAACCAAGACAUCUGUUGGAGAACUUGGAAGAGCUGGAGGAACCCUGUUCUUCAGAGAGAUCGGGCAGAGGGAGGGAUGCCCAGACUGCCAUUGAUCAGCAUGAAAGAAAGCGGGCUGGUCAAGAGAGGCUCUGGAAACCUCCACUUCCAAAGAUCAGCGGUGAGGUAUUUCUGAGCACUGAAUCUGAUGACUGGGAAGCUAACAGUAGCCCUCGAACUCGGCAUUGGGACAAACAGUCCCGGCACCAUGGCAGACUUUCACCCAAGUCUUCACAGAAAACAGGGCUUCCCUCUAAGGAAAUUGUGUGUGGGAGGGACCUUGGGCAAAGUGACCACAGAGAAAGGAGACGUAAGCCCAGGACUCCUCCCUUCUCAGAGGAUGAAGAACUUCACCACCACCAUGAUGCAGGAAUGAAACCAAGGGGAGUAAAAGAAGCUGUCUGUCCUUCUGCCCGAGCGACCCACAGGGACCAGGAGUGGUAUGAUGCUGAAAUUGCCCGGAAAUUGCAAGAGGAAGAACUUUUGGCUACACAUGUGGACAUAAGAGCAGCUCAGGUUGCCCAGGAUGAGGAAAUUGCUCGACUUUUGAUGGCUGAAGAAAAGAAAGCUUACAAGAAAGCCAAAGAGCGAGAAAAGUCAUCUUUGGACAAAAGGAAACAUGACUCUGAGUGUAAGUCAAAAGCAAAGUCAACACACACAAAGUCAAAAGAGAGUGAAGAAGCACACCGUUCCAAGAUUGACAGGCCGUCACGACCACCACCACCUACAGUGAUGGGCCCUGAGGAUCUGGACCAUACCCAUUUUACAAACCAGCACAGUGCCACUCGUCAUUUCUCAAAGUCAGAGUCCUCACACAAAGGUUUCCAUAAUAAGCAGUAAAACAAAACAAACAAACAAUGGGAUCUGCCUUGAAAAUGGACUUGCUGUAGCAGAUAUUAACUGAAUGAUACAAAAUGCAUUCCACGUUGGCUGUUCUCCUUCUAUGUGCCAUUCCUGGGAGUUACUCUCAAGUGUUUUCCUAACUAUAAAAAAUUUCAGUUCACUUCAAA